AUGAGCAUCACAUACGACGUCUUCCGCGGCUCUCCCGAGGGCAAAAUUCUCCCUGACAAAGUCCAAGUCACCUCGCUCGGCCACGGGCAAGUCUUCAUUGAAACCACACACUCGGGACUCUGCGGCACCGACGAGCACUAUCUGAAGUCGAACGUGGUUUUGGGCCAUGAGGGAAUCGGAAUUGUUAAAGCGAUUGGACCAGGCGUCACCUCUGUGAAGGUGGGAGAUCGUGUAGGAUUCGGGUUUUUUCACGAGAUUUGCGCCGCAUGCGACAAUUGUUCUACCGGAUGGGAUCAAUACUGCCGCGAGGGCAAACGUUACGGCGUCCACGACUUCAACAACGGUACAUUCAGCCAAGGCGCCAUCUGGGACGUAAAAUGUGUCUUCCCCAUUCCGGAGAGUCUCAGCUCCGUAGACGCUGCGCCUUUGAUGUGCGCCGGCGCGACUGUAUGGACCGUCCUGACGGAGUACGGCAUCCGAUCAACAGAGCGGGUAGGAAUCAUGGGUAUUGGUGGCCUGGGCCAUAUCGCGAUCAAACUGGCCGCCGCAAUGGGAUACAACGUAGUCGUGCUGUCUAGCUCCGAGGGCAAGAGACAGGAGGCGAUGGAUUACGGCGCCUCGGAGUAUCAUGUCUGGCGAUCGGGACAGGAACCUCCGAGCAAUUUUCGGCCGGUGAAACAUCUGCUGCUAUGUGGGAAUGCGGGGGUGGAUUAUCCUUCUCUCAUUCCUCUCGUGGAUUCCCGCGGGAGUAUCUAUCCAUUGACGGUGGCGUCGGAGCCCGCUCAGGUUCCCAUGAUCGAUCUGGUGGCGAAAGGUAUCCGGGUACAGGGAUCGUUGGUGGCAUCGAGAGAGAGUAUUCGUACAUUGCUGGAGUUUGCAGCCAGGAAGAAAGUCCUGCCGACAGUGAUGACAUUUCCGUUGACGGCGACGGGAAUUGAAAAUGCGAUGUUGACGUUGAGAAAUGGGAAGAUGCGCUAUCGGGGGGUCUUGGUUCGGGAUUAG